UGAUUAAUAAGCCAAAAAUUCGCCCCUAAAAAUUUUUCUUAUUAGCUUCUAUACGUACAGUUCAGUAUAUAUAAUUUAGAAUGUAUAAGUUUCUGGUAUACGAAUUGAAUUGAUGGUUAUAAUUUUCAGUGAAUCAUAUCUGUUAUCUUAAAAUGAAACGGUCACAUGAUGCAAAUAAAAACAUCCUUCUGUUGCAAGCUAUUGAGCAACACUCUGAGCUUUACGAUGUGUGUAACCCGGCAUACAGUGACAGAAAUGUGCAGAUGUUAAUUUGGAAAACAGUAGCAGAAGAAGUGAAUGAAACCGAUGAUAAUUAUUUCAGUGGAUAACUGCAAGGAGACAUGGAAGAAGCUCAGGACAGCUCUGAUGAAAAAUCUGCGUGACCAACCACCAUCAGGAUCAGGCACGACAGCAAAGAAACCCUAUUACUUGCAUGAAUAUAUGGGAUUUGUUAUGCCUCAUUUAAAAUCGAGGGCACAGAGAGGGAAUUUAGAUUUAGAAGUUAUUGAAUGUCCCGAUUAUGAAACCGCAGAGAAUGAAUCGUCAGACCAAAGCUUUGAAGGAAGUUCAUUGAGUGCAAGUGAUAUUGUACAAGAGGGUGAUGCUAGAGAGAAAAGAAGGCUGGUCAAAAGGGUUCAGGUUGAGAGCAAAGCAUCAAAUAUUGAUAAAGCAAUAAUAAGUUACCUAAAAGCAAGAGAGGAGAGAGGAUUGGAAAGGAAUGACCCCGAUUUUAAUUUUCUGAUGUCUAUUUUGCCAGAUAUGAAGAGCUUUGAUAAAAAGAGAAAGUUGAAAUUUAAAAAGAGGAUCUUAGAGUUAAUUACAGAAAAUGUGGAAGAUAGCGACAAUGAUUGUAUAACUAUACUGCAGGUUGACUGUGAUUAGAUCAUGCCAAAUUAACAUUGCUGGAUUACGAACUAUUCUUAUUUCAAUCUGGCUUUUGGUAAAAACUAUCAAUAUAAAUAAACAUCAAAAUGA